UUCACUCACUCCGGCAGCAGAAGAAUUAGUUUGGCAAAUACGACGACGUCGGCCGUCUCGGUAGUCGGAUUGUUGUGUUUUGUCCGUGCGGAUCAACAAAUUAUCGUUGUCGAAAAGGGAAACCAAGGUGUGGGUGACGGAAGAUCACCGGAAGGUGUCGGCUACGCAAUCUUGCCGAAUAUAGAGACAAUAGAACGGCGAUAGAGAGUUCCGGUUCCUGACAAGCGGAGGGCUACGCAGUUCAAGAACCAAAUUGAGGAGCGCCGAGUGAGUGAGAAAUCUGAGUGAAGUGCAUUCGUGUACAAAUUAGGUUCGGUUUAUUGAUUUUCCUACUCCGGAUCCGGAUAAUGUGCGGUGAGGUGCAGCAGCAGCAUCGAGAGGGGUGGGAAAAGUGAGAGAUAUGUACACGAAUUAGAGUAGUAGGCGCGCACGUUGCCGAGGCGAAGGAAGAGCAGCAGAGCAUAGAGUCCGUGGAGCGGGGCGGCGAGGAAUGUGUGUGGGACCCAAGUCCAAGUCUCGUAGCAGCAAAAGCAGAAAUCCAUCGUCGAGAGAACCGGGGGAAAGUAAGGUUGAAUUUUUCAGCUCAUUUUAGCUGUACCCGUUAGCGGAUCACAACAUCUCAGACGACGUCGCCGCCGCGAACCGUGAACUGUGUUGAAGCGAGCCAGCAGCGCGGAGUGAGAACGUUUGAGGGAGAGAUAGUUGCAGUAAACGGCGUAAGAAGAAUAAGGCUAGAAGUGUAGGAAUCAGAUGUGACACAAUCCGCUUCUCUGCGGUGCAGAAGACAAGUGGCACCAGCCUGCCAAGGCAGUGUUCAACAAAGAAAAUUGAAUUGUAGCAGCAGUAACUAGCAGGGAUACACACCCAAAUCGGUGAUUGUGUUUGCGAGAUGUAACUGAAUUCUGGAGAUUGAUUGGUGGAAUGUUUUUUUUUUUCUGAAGUAGAUUAAGAAUCUACGAAGUGCGUGGAGUUCAGUGCAGAGGUGCAGUCGGAGCAGUGAAGUUUUCUCGUUACAUUCCGUGGUGAUUGAUGGAAGUGAAUAGUGACCAAGUGCCGUAGAUUGCGCAGCAGCAGCAGUAGUAGUAGUACCAGUAUUAGGCAGUGGUGGUGGUGAUAGUAGCCGAGCAGUAGUAGAAGCUGUCAAAUAGUGGUCGAUUUUUUGCAGUGCUCAGUGGUGGAAUUGGUGAAUGUUUUAUAUUAUACAUCAGAAGGAGGUGGAGGAGGAGGAGAAGAGUGCAUGUCACGACACCGAGUGUUUGAUGUAAUUUUCCACUGCCUUGCCGACCGAUCGAUGGGUCACCACCAACACCGUUGUUGAAACGAGAGGGCGAGUGAAGACGAAGAAGAAGUAGAAGGGGAAGAAGUAAAUCAAAGGUGGAAAGGAAAAAGUAGAAGCAGUUAAAAAGCAGAAAAAGGAAAAAUAUGUGUGAGCACGGAGUUAAGUGCUAGAAGGUAUUAUAUUGGCAACAUAGCAGAAAUUAAUAUUGUUUAAGAAGAAUAAGUCGACGGGGACGACGACUAGCGGCAGCAGCGGUCGGUAGAAUAAUACUGCCAAGAGAAGAAGGAGAAGGGGGUAAACAAGUCGUAGAAGAAGAAGAAGAAAAAGAAGUAGUUAGUGUUGAAUAAAACGAGAGUGUCGAAACGUGCCCAACGUUGAGGAAAAGAGAGUAAUAUCAAAUGCACAUAGUUGUUUUUUUGUUGCCUGUUGUGAUUAUUAUUAUUGCUGUUAUUCGCAUUUAUAACAGUUCCCGCAGCACACAGGGGUCUAUGCGCGCACCAACACAUGCCCAGGGACGUAAACACACUACUCCCAGCGGAGCACGGUGCGGAGUGAGAGUGGAGUGCGCGCAACGUAUCGGUAGUGACCGAAAAGUGCAGUUGGAAAGGCAAUAGAAAUCGGAGACGUAGUCAUCGUUGAGUGUCUUCUUUGUUCGGGAAAAUUUGCCCCCAAGAAAAAUCUCGCAAGUGGUUCAUCUCCCGUGUUCCCCCCGUUCAUUCGGUGUCAUGCAUCAGAAUCACCUGUCAGGCGGUUGCUCCCUUCCGAAGAACCGCAGCAGGCAGCCGCAGGAGGAAUCCCGAGGAAGUCCUCCCCGGCUCCACUACGGUACCCGGAGGUCCGAUCAGCAGCGCCUUCAGGAGCACUAGGAACCACGUUCCUCCUCCUUACGCUCGCUCUCGGGUACGCCAGGUGUACCCGGGAACGGAACCGCGGUAGAGAUCGCUGAGAUCGGGCACCCCCUCGGGGGAAAACGAAAAACACGCGCAGUGGCAAGAAAAACGGCACACUCAAUGAAGAAUAAGCAGCAACAGCAGGCACCAAAGAAGAAGCAGAAGCAGCAGAAACAACAACAACAACAACAACCGCAACAACAGCAGCAACAGCAACCGCAACAACAGCAGAAGAAAAACUUGGAUAUCAUGUUGAGCUCUUCCUAUUACAUCUAUAUGUCUGCCGGUACUCAAUUGCAGAUGGCACCACAGACAACCAUAGUACAACAAGUCGGCCAAAAUCAUCUCCAUUCGCAUCAUCUACAGCACCAGCAGCAGCAGCAGCAACAACCGCCACAUCCGGUGCAGCAACCCCAGCACUACAGCAAUCAUCAGCAGCAGCCGCCGCCGCCGCAAGCAACGUUAGUGGGUGGAUUGGUCGCACCGCAACAGCUCGGUACGCUCACUAGCUUGCAGCAGCAGCAGCAGCAGCAGCAACAACAACAGUCACACUACACCAACAACAACAAAGAUCAGGACUCAAAUAUGAGCACCGGGUCGUCGCAUAGUGAUAAGGAACUAGAGACUAUAAUCAAUACCCCGACGCCGGAGAAGAUUCCCCGGACGCCGUCGGAUCGGAAACGGAAACGGAAAGCACCGGACGAUAACGGUGGCCCCGGUGGAGGAGGAGGAGGAGUAGGAGUAGUAGUAGGAGGAGGUUUAGUCGGUGGGCAUGGUCGUGAUAGAGAUAGUGUUAAGGGUCCGCGUUUGUCGAUACCACCAUUAGGCGAUAGUAAGAAAAUUAAUGACUACUUUUCCAAGCAUCCGGUCAACUGUCAGCACCGGUCACAUCCGGCCGGUACCGGAGCCGGUGGUCCCCUAGGAGCAAUAAGUAAUGCUGGCCCGCAGGCACAGCCCGGUCUGCCUGGCAGUGGCGGUGGUGUCGGCGUGAGUCAAGGGCAAAGCCCGCAGAUUUCCGCCAAAAGUCCCAGUCCCCAGCAGCUUGGUCAGUAUCCAAUGUAUCCACCUAGUCCUCAGCCACAGCUCGGUUCUGUGGUAACCUCCAGUGGUAAUCUUACCAGCGCGGCCGCGGCGCAGGAUAUCUACGUGCGUUCCCAGCGCGGUGCUGCCGUAUCUUCCACACUAGUUCCUCCAUCGUCAGUAUCCGCCACGUCGUUACUAAACUCAUCCUCAUCUGUCGUUUCCGCUGGUGGUGUAGUCGUUCCAAACGUCCAACAACAGCAGCAGCAAUCGCAUCGAGAUCGAGAUUCUCAGCCACCUCCACCUCCCCUGCCUCCUUCGGCCGUUGUUGUGUCGCAGCAACAGCAACAACAACAACAACAACAACAACAGCAACAGUCAACACAGCAGCCAGCGCAAUCGCAAGCGAUCGCACAAUCGCAAGCUGCCCUGGUGGCCCAAAACUCUUCACUAGCCAUCAAUAGUCUAGCGUCGUUAAAUCAUGCCAACAAUGGUACCAACACUAGCAGUAGUAGUCACAGUCUACAGAAUGCCCAAUCGUUAGCUCAAUCAACCCCCCUGAUACAGUCGCAACCGCCGACGCCGCCGGCUCCGCUGAUGGUCUCCGCCCAGACCCAGACGGACCUCACCCUGGCGGACAUUGUCGAGCGGGACACUGAUUUCGAAACCUCCCGGACACGGGUCGACGAACUGUCGCGGUUAUCGGACGAGCAGAAAUGCCAAAUCACCGCUCACCAGAAGGUGAUCGAGCAGCACAAGAGCCACAUCAACAAGUGCAUCGACGUGGUCAAGAAGCUGCUCAAGCAGAAGAGCAACAUUGAGAAGAAGGAAGCGCGGCAAAGGUGCAUGCAGAAUCGGCUACGGCUCGGGCAGUUUGUCACCCAACGGGUCGGGGCCACCUUCCAGGAAAAUUGGACCGAUGGCUACGCAUUUCAGGAGCUGGCAAAGCGCCAGGAGGAGAUCACUGCCGAGCGGGAGGAGAUCGAUCGCCAGAAGAAAUUGCUCAUGAAGAAGAGGCCGACGAACAGCGAGAGCAGUCGGAAGCGGAACAACUCCAGCACGUCGUCGGCGGUGGCAGCCAGUUCGGGUGUUGCCAGCGGUUCGGCCGCUACCCAGCUGGCCUCGUCGCUGCACAAUGGCAACGAUAAUACGUUCCUAAAGCCGGACCCGGUGGUGAGCAGCAAUACCACCUUCACCAUCCAGGAGUACUACGAGUGCGACGAGAUACUGAAACUCCGGCAGAAUGCCCUCAAGAAGGAGGACGCCGACCUGCAGCUGGAGAUGGAGAAGCUCGAACGGGAACGGAAUCUACACAUCCGGGAGCUGAAGCGGAUACACAACGAGGAUCAGUCACGCUUCAACAAUCACCCCGUGCUGAACGAUCGGUAUCUGCUGCUGAUGCUCCUGGGCAAGGGUGGCUUCUCCGAGGUGCACAAGGCGUUCGACCUGAAGGAGCAACGGUACGUGGCUUGCAAGGUGCAUCAACUGAACAAAGACUGGAAGGAAGAUAAGAAAGCUAACUAUAUUAAGCAUGCGCUGCGGGAAUACAACAUCCACAAGGCGCUGGACCACCCCCGGGUGGUCAAACUGUACGAUGUGUUUGAGAUCGAUGCCAACUCAUUCUGCACCGUGCUGGAAUACUGUGAUGGGCAUGAUUUGGAUUUCUAUCUGAAGCAGCACAAGACGAUACCGGAGAAGGAGGCUCGAUCGAUCAUCAUGCAGGUGGUAUCGGCGCUCAAAUACCUAAACGAAAUCAAACCCCCGAUCAUCCACUACGACCUGAAGCCGGGCAACAUCCUGCUGACGGAGGGCAACGUGUGCGGUGAGAUCAAAAUUACCGACUUCGGUCUGUCCAAGGUAAUGGACGAAGAGAACUACAAUCCGGACCACGGUAUGGAUCUAACGUCACAAGGUGCUGGAACUUAUUGGUAUUUACCGCCGGAGUGCUUCGUCGUCGGCAAGAAUCCGCCGAAGAUUUCCUCCAAGGUGGACGUGUGGAGCGUCGGGGUGAUAUUCUACCAGUGUCUCUACGGGAAGAAGCCCUUCGGGCACAACCAGUCGCAAGCAACGAUCCUGGAGGAGAACACCAUCCUGAAGGCGACCGAGGUGCAGUUCGCCAACAAACCGACCGUCUCGAAUGAAGCCAAGAGUUUCAUCCGAGGCUGCUUGGCCUACCGCAAGGAGGACCGCAUGGACGUGUUCGCGCUGGCCAAGCACGAAUACCUGCAGCCGCCGGUUUCCAAGCAUAACCGAUCGGCGGCGGCUGCCUCCAGCAAUCAGCACGGCAGCGGCAACAGCGGUGUCAGCGGUCAGGCCGGAGCCGGCAGCGGGGCCGGCGGCGGCGGUGGUGGCUCCGGUGGGUCGGCCGGCGGCGGUGGCAAUCAAGCCGGACAACAGACGUCCUUCUCCACGGGGAUGUUUGGCAACAUGAACCAGUCCAGUUCGUCUUAGCUGUUUUUCAACAGCAGUUUGUUGAAAAGCGCUGCUGGGCCUAACAAUAACCACAUAAACAUCAACAACAUCAACCACAACAACAGCAUCGUCACCAAUGUUGGCAGCACUGUCCUUGCCGUUGCUGCCAACCUUGCGACGGUGACGGCAACAACUCCGAUGAUGAUGGCGACGACGACGAAUGCGAUCAACAUCGCAGCGAUUACUGCUACCUGUGGUAAUCUGACCAAUAGUAACAAUAAUCAUAGAAUCAACAACAACAACAACAACGUUUCGCCGCCCACGUCAUCCAAAUCGUCCAAGUAGACGGCGUCGAUAGCGACGGCGGUGGCGGCGGCAGCGUCGGCGGCAUUUGCCGAGGUCAAUCCGAGAGAUGUUCGUACUGUGUAAGUAAAACCAAAAACCAAACAAAACAAAUACAAGCAAAUGUGAUGUGCUUAGCAAAACCCUUGACAAAAAACAUAGAACACAAUAGAUGGUAACCACAUCCCCGCGUUCCCAACCAAUACAAACAAACAAAAAAACAGUUCACGCACACAUCAAAACAAACGAAAUCCUAAAGCGGAGGAGCGAAGGAGACAUGCACGGAACCAUCAUCCUUCAUCCUAACCCUAGAAGAAUUUAAAAGUAAAAAAAAAAAACAAUGCAAAAAAA